UGCCCUAGUGUGCUUGCAUGUGAGUUCGAUAGGCAUGACCACAGGAAUAGUCAAUUUCCUGUAUGGCCUGUGCCUGAGAAGAAAUGGAAGCAGCAACCUGCCUUUCGGAUUAUCUUUUCACAGCUGAUGUGCACUGUUGGCUCCUGUUGUGCUGCACAGGCCUCCGGUAUUACAAAUGGAACUCAAGUCUCCCGAGAACACAGAGGGCAAAGAUGGAACCAAGCUAAGUAAGCAGGAGCCCACAAGACGGUCGGCCAGGUUGUCAGCGAAACCUGUUCCACCAAAACCAGAGCCUAAACCAAGAAAAACAUCUGCUAAGAAAGAACCUGGAACAAAGAUUAGCAGAGGUGCUAAGGGGAAGAAGGAAGAAAAGCAGGAAGCUGGAAAGGAAGGUACUACACCAUCUGCAAAUGGUGACACUAAAGUUGAAGAGAUCCACGUCUCUCGUUCAACUGUUAAUGUCUCAGCCUGCAGAAGUCCCCCACCCAGCACACUGUCAGUAAAGGGGCAGAUUGAAACAGUGAGAGUUAAGGGCACAGAGAACUGAAUCUAUAGAAAAGGAGGGAGAGUGAAUUGUCAUGGAAAACUAGGGUCGAUUUCACGUACCUCUCGGGACAACUUUUAAAAGCUAUUUUUACCAAGUAUUUUGUAAAUGCUAAUUUUUUAGGACUCUAUUAGUCAGCAUAAAAUCUAUAUGAAGAAGAUGGACAUUUUAUCCUCUUAUGGUGAUGUUUUUUGGAAAUUUCCAUCAUCCUCAAGUCACGCAAAUACCAAUUUCACAUCGGAGCUGCGUGUGAAAUGGAUUCAGCAUUCCAUGCCCUUGCUUUACAGUUUAAGUCCUGUGCAGACUGUGGUGUUUUUACUGAGCAUAUUUAAAUUUUUUCAUGCAAUUUUUCUAGAGCAAUAAUCAGUGGUGCUUUUGUGCCUAGGUUUUAUGUGAUUUUAAUGAAAUAUGGAUAGUUGUGGCCACCUGCUGACUAUUUGUGGUUUAAAAUAAAAAGGUUUUCUUGUCUGCAAAAUA